GAGGAGAGAGAGAGAGGAGAGAGAGAGAGAGAGAGAGAGAGAGAGAGAGAGAGAGAGCUAGCUCUUUCUGGUGUUAUAAGCCAGAAGCCUGUCGGGGACUUUAAAUGGUAGAUUAAUUUAUGUGAAAGAGAACAGUGUGUACCUAUCUGAAAGAAAAGUUGCAUAAAGAAGAGGGGAAUAAUCAGCGGACAAUUAGCACAGGGUUAAAGGAAUGGCCACUGCGGCUUCCAACCCUUACCUGCCAAGCAAUAACAUCCAUACUACAGGCUCAAUUGUGCACUCCGACUCGGGAGGUGGUGGUAUGCAGCCUGGCAGUGCUGCUAUUACUUCUGUCUCUGUCGGAUACAGAGGGGAUCCAACAGCUAAGAUGGUUCAGAGCGACUUCAUGCAGGGAGCCAUGGCGACGAGCAACGGGGGCCAUAUGUUGAGCCAUGCCCAUCAGUGGGUAACAGCCCUGCCCCAUGCCGCCGCUGCCGCAGCUGCAGCCGCAGUAGCAGCGGCUGAAGCCGGAUCGCCUUGGUCAUCCAGCCCCGUGGGGAUGGCUGGAAGCCCUCAGCAUCAGCAGCAGCAAGAUAUCAAAAACAAUUCCGGCAGAGACGAUCUGCACACGGGAACUGCACUGCAUCACAGGCCCCCCCAUCUUGGUCCACACCAGGGUCACCCAGGGGCUUGGGGGGCAACGACAGCGGCACACAUCCCGUCUAUAGCCGGGGGACAGCAGCAACAGUCUCUGAUAUACUCCCAGUCAGGAGGAUUCACUGUGAACGGUAUGCUGAGUCCACCUGGGAGCCAAAGCUUGGUGCACCCCGGUUUAGUACGAGGGGACACACCUGAGCUAGAUCAUGGAAGUCAUCAUCACCACCACCAUCAUCAGCAUCAGCACCUCCAGCAACACCACGGCGGAGUGAACAGCCACGAUCCCCACUCCGAUGAGGACACGCCGACCUCAGAUGACUUGGAGCAGUUUGCGAAACAGUUUAAGCAAAGGCGAAUCAAGCUGGGCUUCACGCAGGCAGACGUCGGCUUGGCUCUGGGCACCCUCUAUGGCAACGUCUUCUCCCAAACCACCAUCUGCAGGUUUGAGGCGCUCCAACUGAGCUUCAAAAACAUGUGCAAGCUCAAGCCUUUGUUAAACAAAUGGCUCGAAGAAGCAGACUCCACUACCGGGAGUCCGACCAGCAUUGACAAGAUCGCAGCCCAGGGCAGGAAGAGAAAGAAGCGCACCUCCAUCGAGGUCAGCGUUAAGGGAGCGUUGGAGAGCCACUUCUUGAAAUGUCCAAAACCUUCGGCUCAAGAAAUUACUUCUCUAGCGGACAGCCUGCAGUUGGAGAAAGAAGUGGUCAGGGUCUGGUUUUGUAAUCGGAGACAGAAAGAGAAAAGGAUGACACCUCCGGGAGUGCAGCAAACGCCGGACGAUGUGUACUCCCAGGUCGGCAAUGGACAUUUUUUAGUAGAUUACUUAAAAGAUGCACUUUUAACCGGGCCGAAUCAUCCGAGUGACGAGAGGAUGACUGCUGCGAGUACGUUCCACCAGGUAAUUUUGGCGCACUAAACAUCAUCACGAGAUGUGAGGUUUAAGAAGUGAGAUCUUUCUUUUUUUCCCCAAUCUUUAUUUGUUUUGUUUGAGACAACAAAAGCAGACACAAAACACUAUAUAUAAAAAAAAAACAGACUGUAAACGUUAAGGAAACAGGCUGGGGAGGAAAAACAAAACGUUGAAUUAUGUGACAAGGACAGAGGAAGAAUGCGGAUCCGCCAGCUUCAAGCUUGACGUAAGAAGAGGACUGCAUGGAUACAUAAAUACGAAUGGAGUUGUUAGCGCGAGAACACUUUGUCAGGCAAUUCCGACCCCAAUUCUUUGAUCUAAAAGAUCACCUCUUUUGAAGAUUAUAUCGUAUUUUAUGAACAUAUGUUAUCAAUGGAUUUUUUAAAAGAAAAAAAAAACUGACCAUCUGCAGCUGCACUUAUGUGAAUUUCUUCUCUCUAAAUGCCGUUGCCAAGUUUGACUGAAUGGGUGCUGUGGAUGCUGUUAUUUAAUUCUGCCAUUUCUAAGCAGUGUUUUUGGUAGGUUUUAAUAAACAGACUUUUUAAAGAUGGCAAUAUAGAUUCAUUAGAUCAGUUGCUGAUCUAAAAUAUUUACUUUAUAUUUUCAUCAAAAUGACUUGUUUUCAUAUUUUAUUCAGAAUACCUAUGAACUGUUACAAACGGUAAUUUAUUUUUCCCCAAAAUCUUGUAUUACGUGUUUUAUUUUUAUUUUUUGUUUUCGUUAUUAUUUUUCAAACGAGCACAAAUCAAAAUGAGCUGAAAAUGUGGACAGUUGUUAGGUAAUAAGGGUAUCUUUUGAUGUGAUAAUUUGAUUGUAAUUUAAUUUGAGUAGUGGUUCCUUAAGAGAUAAUUGAGAAAAUAAAUUUGUUAGAAUUAAAUAAUGUGGUUGUGUGUGUUGCAUAUGGUAGCGCAGAAAAUAUAUAUGUUCAUUACAGCAUUCGACUAAAAUUAUAUGAUUUGAGAUUUUAUUGAAAUUCUUCCUAAAAAUAUAUAUACAUAGAAGCUCAGUGUUUGACAUGCUCUGACAUUGGGAAUGUUUAUUUUUAAAAUGUUCUCAGACCAUGUAAUUUAUUGACAGAUUUACUGAUUAUCUUAUAGACUAUAACAGUGGUUAUUUGACUGUUUAAAUUUACAGCCAAAAUAAACAUUUUAGGCAUAAUAAAUUAUGUAACUACUGCUCACUAUAAACACAGCGUACCAAAACAAAUUGAUAACCCUUAGGUCACAUUUUUUGACUUUAAAAGACAGCUGGUUCAUUUCUCGUAUAGGCUACAGCUCUGUAUGUAGUAUUAUUAAAUAAUAAUAGAAAAUAGCUGUGUUUGAGUUUAUCAAUGUACACACUUUAA